AUGCCUUACCAACCAAUCCCAUUCGAGAUCAUUGUCCGGGGAGAGAUGAACAUCCUCCCUUCCAUCGAAUCGAUGCCGAUGCCCUUUGAUGAGAUUUCAGAAUCUUUCGGCAUGACUCAAACUCCCGGCAUGCCUGGCGUUAGGAAGAGCCUGCGGCGCUUGCGGCACUGGCUGUUGAAUAAUGAGUUUGACAUCGAAGUGCGACAGCCUCUAGACACAUGA